GGAGUGAGGAUCUUGGGGUGGGGAAUGAAAACUGUAGUUCCCAGGAGACCUGGACGUUGCAGGACAGUGAGUUGACAUGAGUGACUCUAAAGAGCUGGGGCUCCUGGAGGAGGAACGGCUGACAGGCAGCAGCAGUGCAUUUUUUGCAGGAGACUUAGGAUCACACCAGACUCCUGGAUGCAGAAGCUCUGCAGGGUGUCUGGGCCGUGGCCCCCUGGUGCUGCUGUUUCUGGCCUUCAUGCUCCUUGCUGUGCUUCUGGUGACCAUUGUCAUCCAAGUCUCCAAGCUUCCCAGCUCCCUGGGGCAAGAGCAAUCCAGGCAGGAGGCGAUCUACCAGGAACUGACCCGGCUGAAGGCUGGACCCUGUGAGUUUCCAGAAAGGUCCAGGCAGGAGAAGAUCCACCAGGAACUGACCCAGCUGAAGGAUGCAGUCGACCACCUGUGUCGCCCCUGUCCCUGGGACUGGACAUUCUUCCAAGGAAACUGUUACUUCUUCUCCAACUCCCAACGGAGCUGGCACGACUCCAUCACCGCCUGCCAGGAGGUGGGGGCCCAGCUGGUUGUCAUCAAAGGCGAGGAGGAGCAGAACUUCCUACAGCUGCAGAGUUCCGGGAGGAACCGCUUCUCCUGGAUUGGGAUGUCAGACCUGACUCAUGAAGGGACGUGGCAGUGGGUGGAUGGUUCGCCUCUGCCGCCCAGGGGCUUUGCAGCUUCACCAAGCAUUGGAACAGCGGGGAGCCCAACAACAUCGGGGAGGAAGACUGUGUGGAAAUAUUCAGCCAGGGCUGGAACGACCACAGAUGCGAUACUGCCAAAUUCUGGAUCUGCAAAAAGUCUGCCGCCUCUUGCUCCAGGGAGGAAGGGCGGGUUCCUUCCUCAGCCCCUGCUGCCCCAACCCAGUCUGCUGAAGAGUAGAAUGUUCCCCACUUGUAAGGCAGGGUUCCUCCUCCCCUACCCCGGACCUUAACAAAGCCCUGAAAAAAUCCUCAUCCCCUGUGGGCCUGGGUCCCCUUCCGUCCUUCCUCUGAUGCCUGGCGGUUCUCCUGCCUCCGAGGUUGUGGUUCCUGCCCCUCCUGGGAGCUUUCGCAGUGACCUGGUGUGGGCGCAUUCAGGGCGUGGUGUGCUCCGUCAAUCUACUCUCUCUUCUCCCCAACAUCAGAAUAUUUGAAUGGCCAUGUGUAGCUGCCACGUGCCCGGGGCUUCACGCCCUCUGAGCACACCUUCCUUGUGCUCACCUUCCACCUCCCACCCCUGCACGCCUUUGCCUGAGCACUUGCUGGUUGCAAGAAGUCAUCUUGCAGGCUGGAAGCGCCAGGUUAUUAAAUGCCCCAGUUACCCAGUGGCACCUGUAGAUGGCAUGGAGCCCUCUCAGUAGCCCCCCACACAUCUAUUUUUUGCUGUUCUUGCAUCUCUUCUGUUUGACUCUUCCUGAGUUGUAUCCUUCAUAAUAAAUUGAUACAUACAA